AUGCUUCCCAUUAGCAAAUCUGCCUUCCCUACUUUCCCUCCCUUCCCUGACGAUUUUGCAACACACCCACUUGUUAUAGUCGACUAUGAACUGAUCAAGGCGGGCGACAAGGACGAGAUCGAGCAGUUAUGGAAGGCUGCGACUGAGCUAGGCUUUUGGUACCUCAAGAACCAUGGCGUUGAACAAGAAGCCAACAAUAUGUUUGACAUGGGCCGCGAAACCAUGGAUCUCCCUCUCGAAGAGAAGAUGAAAUACGAGCAGGGUGAUGGCGGAUCCUCCUUUGGAUACAAGGCAAGGGGGCAAGUGGCCACUGAUGCUAUGGGCACUCGCGAUAAUAUUGAAUUCAUCAACGUCGCGAAAGACGACGCUCUCGCGUGGCCCAAGCAGGCACAUAGAUCCUAUCCGCGCACGGUGAAUGCACGGAUGGAAUCUACUGUCAUUCCGUUCGUCCGUAAAUCCAUGGAAGUCAACGCCACAUUGCUAGACGUCUUCAAUGAGAAACUCGGGCUCCCGGAGGGUGCGCUGGCAAAGCGACAUUCUGUUGAAGAAUUCAGCGGAAGCGAGGCGAGGUGUACGAAAAGCCCGCCUACACCCACUGAAACGAGGUUAGGCAUCGGUGCCCAUACAGACUUCGGUUCCCUGUCCUUUUUGCAUAACAGACUUGGGGGGCUACAAGUCCUCCCUCCGAACAGCGAAACUUGGCAAUAUAUCAAGCCUAUAACAGGAUACGCAAUCUGCAACCUAGGCGACGCAAUGGCUAUCUUCAGUGGUGGCAUUCUUCGAUCUAAUAUUCAUCGCGUCUGCCCACCACCCGGUGCUCAGAAACACCGGGAACGAUGGUCAUUAGUUUACUUUACACGCCCGGGCGACAGCGUAAAUCUCCAUGCAUUGGUCGAAGAAAGUCCAUUAAUUGCGGACUACGUGGCGAAACAUCCCGAAGGUAUCCAUGAAACUGGGGCAACGUCCCUAGAGUGGUUCACUCGAAGAAUAAAGAACCAAAGAAUCAGUAACCGCAAAGGACCUGAAACCUGGAUGGCGAGUCGAGGGACGGAAAUACGAGUUUAA